CCCCCUUUAUAUACUUCACAUAGCAUUUCAAGAGUAUUGAUUGUUUUUCACCAAAGAUAUCAUCAACCAUUGCCAAAUCAUCACCAUCAUCAUCCUUUCGUUCUAUAUAGUGCUGGUUACUUGACUACUCUGAUACUUGUCAUUCUCGGCUAAAGCUGGAUAGUCAAGAGACGAUUUCUUCAACUCUUCAAAGCAGCGAUCCUAGAUUGGAAAUUGGUCUCCCUAGCGACAGCUCGAAUUUACUACAUAAAAAGAGUGAGCAAUAUACACGAUAUUAUUCACCAUCACCACCACCAUCACCAUCACCAUCAUCUUCCUCUCCCUCUUCUUCCUCCUCUCCCUCUUCCCCUUCCUCUUAUUCUGUGGCUCAUCCUUCGUACACAAUAGUGCAAAUAACUUUGCUUUCUUUGAACCCUCUUGCACCAUCCUUCUAAAAACUUCCACUUCCACCUCAAGCUUGUUUAUUACCACCUCCAUCCGCAUUUGUUGAUACAUCGCCUUUUCUUUAUCAACAAAUUCUUAGCUCAACAAAUAACUGGAACGUUCCUCCAACUCUAACCAUGGCUCCUUUCAAUUUGCCCACUGGCCAGCCAGCUCCAAAUGCCUUUCAGUUUAACAACAACAUCCAUGGCUUCCCACCGUCUCUUUCAAGUCUUCAAAACACCAGUCAGGAUUCUGCAAACUCAAAUGAUUCUUUCAGAACACAAGUACCACUUCCAUGGAAUCUACCAUCCGAGUAUGAGAAUAAUGGUGCAGUUGCCAUUCCAGAUCCAAGUCCCUUUACUGAACCUCCAGCACCUUUUGCUACACCUGACUUUAAUAAUGGACAUAAUGCUCGAGCUCAGUUUCAACCAUUUGCUAAUCAAAAUUCCAUCAUGAAUGGUGCUUCUGCUGGAGCCUUUGCUCAUGAGAAUGGAUAUCAGAUGCCAGAUCAACAGCAACAGCAGCAGCAAGGGUAUCAACAGGAGAUCUUUGGUAUGGGAAUGAACGGUAUGAAUAUGAACGCUAUGAACGGCAUGAGUGGUGUCAAUGGUCCGCAUGGAUUCAAUGUAGCUAAUAAUGCAUAUCAAUCACCGCCUUACAACGGUCAUGUUGGAGUCCCCCAAAACCUUCAGAUUGGCAAUGGUCAUCCUGGAAAUCAGCAGUAUCAGCAUCAAAAUCUGCUUGGUUUCAAUGGCCACGGUACUGCUGCAGAUCAACGCAACUUCCAACAACAGAAUAUGGGUAUGCGACCACAAUUGCCACUAAUUGCUACUCAAUUUCCUACCAACUCAUACAGUCCACAAUACAACCAGACAUAUUCUGCUCCACCGUAUCCGCCAACAUCUCGAAAUAACUAUUUUCGCGGCACAAAUUCUACACCAGGUUCAGCUUCAAAUAUGGUUUCAAACUUGAACUUUAGUAGCCUCAGUCUAGGCACGGGUCCAAAUAGCAUUGGUCCUAAUGGCAAUCCAAUUGGUGGUUACGGUCAUAGCAAUGACAUGAAUAACAUUGGCCAUGAUGGUCUAGGGCGAAAUCACUCCAAUGGAAAUUUGCAGGCCGUUGGGAACAAUAACAACACUGCUGCUAGUGCUCGCAACGCACAGUAUUCUUCGCUUCCAUCUGUUGGAAAUAUUUACCAUCCACUUCCACCAAAGCCGCAAUUUCAUGCGCAAAAAGCCCAUGUAUCCAACCCCGAUCUUAGCCACCACGUCCAAGCAGCUAUCAGUAGUAAUCCUCCACAAGUUGUCCAUACGCCUCAACCACAAAAGCAAAAUUUGCCAAGUGAGCAAGGACAGCCAAGUGAAGAGAGCAGCAACAGCAUUCAAUCACCCGUGUCAUCCAACGACCUCCCAGUCUCUGCUACUGCUUCCGAGCCAAGACCUAGUUUUACACCUUUGCUUCGGUCCAGUCGCGGAAAGUCUAUUACCGCUUCGGUAGAUCGUACCCAGCACGUCAACGAUUGGGUCCAAAAUACACCGACUCGUGGAACUUCUUCGCGCGAAAAUUCUAUCACGAGUGAGGUUGUUGCUGAAAAUACUCCCAAGAUGUUGCAUUACGAUGGAGGAAGAGCUGAGCGCUCAAUUAAUGGUUCCCAUGAUGGCAUGCCGGGUGCUCCCACUUUUACCCCACGCCCCCUCACCGUUAAUCCAUUUAAUCCCAUUACUACUCUUACUCCAUUCAGCCCUAACUCCCGUUUUGGAGUUGCUGGUGGUAUGAGUCCGUUGCUUCGCGAGUUGACCCGGAACGGUACCACUGUGCCAACUGCUGAUGAGGCUCUUGAAAUGAGGUUCAUGCCAUUUGAGGAGUACUGCCGUCAAUCGAAGCCAGUUCAAUGGGGUGUCAUGAGAAUAAAAAAUGUAAGUCCAUGUCGCGGAUCUUAAAUACGUAUGCUCAUCCAUUCCUAGAUUCCCUAUGGCGUCACUCGUCAAGAAAUCCUCGCAUUUCUAGGUCGCAAUGCAAGAAUCGCGGCAGCAGAUGACCAUGAGCCUAUCCACAUCAUCAUGGAGCGUGUUACUAGCAAGACGCUAGAUGCCUACGUUGAAUUCGUCAGCUUCUCUGAGGCCGCGAACGCCGUUCAACGUUUUGAUAUGAACCGCAUCGGCGGGCGAGGUGGCCGCCUUGGUCAACGGCAUGUAGAAGUUGAGUUGUCUUCGCAGGAGGAGUUGAUGAAGCAGCUCUUCCCUAAGGCAAAGAAUGUGGAGUGGCACGGUUGUAAGCCAAAGAUCAUUGCUCGUGACGAGAAUGACAAGUACAACUCCGGUUUUCAGGGCUUCGUCAGUCGUGAGGAAUUGGUGAUGUUGGUCAAGCAUGUCGAGUCUCCACAGCGCGUAAGUGUUUCCAGGUUUUUCUUGCUGGCUUUAAAUGACACUGACGUUUCCUAGUCUCCAUUUUCAAAGGACUGUCCCCAGCGACCGUUCGAGUGCCUUGUCAGCACAUUGAUCAAGUUUCCUUGGGCUAUGGUCAACUACAUUACUUGCCAAGAUCGUGCAUUGUUGUAUAAGGCUACGACUCAAUUGCUUGCAUUGCUUGUCGAGCGUGUCGAAAGUAAUGAUGAUCCGCUUAAUCUCAACUCUCAGUUGUUGAAGCGAGUUUGGCGGACUGCUUUAAAGUGCGAAGGUUUCAGUCCAACCAUGAAGGAUAACAUCGCGUUUCAAAUGAAGAUCGACCCCCAAAUCGCCCUUGAGCUUGGCGUCCCUCCACAAGCUGAUCUCUGGAGCUAUGUUUGGACCAUUGGACCAAGAAAGGACGUUGCGUAUGAUCUUGUUCAAGUGAGUAUCCAGAUGGAUAAGCCUUGAUUGAGUAAAAAUACUGACUAAGUAACAAUAGUACUAUAUUAAGCUUAUCCAAGGGGCCACUGCAGAUAAGAAGCAACUUACGUUAGCUGAGAAGGCUGCAGCUAGAGCUGAAGAGACUCCUCGGAUUCCCAAUCUCUUCGGCAAUCUGGACAAGCUCGUUGAUUACACUGAUGCAUUGAGUUUGACUCUUGCCGAGCUUGCUGGGAAGGAGUGGGCAGCAUUCGAGACAGCCAUUCGACGAGCACUUACUCCCGCUUUAGAGGCGGGUCCAUCCAACUGAUAGAUCCAUGACCUGACUAAGCUGUACAUACUCCCUUUCUGAUUUCCAUACGACCUUGCAGCUGUUUUCAUUUCUCAGAAAUAAUUCAUCAUGCGUUUCACGACAUCUUCGCCCAGCAAUCAUUGAUAUAUGGUUAGUCUCGUUCUCGAAACCUUUCAACAAUCGUGAUAGCUGGACUUGGAUUCCUCGUAAUCUCGGUUGCCCUUGAUUGUUCAUAUUUCGAUUUUUUCAUAUUACAUCUGUCUACCACCAAAAUUUGAUGAUCCAUGAAGCCAUUCUCGGAAUCAUUGAAGUACCGUCAUAUCAUUGAAGGAACAGCAUUGUUAAUAUUCUUCUAUUUGCACUUUGAAGGGAUCUUAUUAUCGAGAGAAAUUCAGCACGGAGGUCUCACCUGCAUUGUCAAAUUUUUGCAUGAAUUGAUCUUGCAUACUAUCUGAUGACGAUAAAUUCUGAUAACUUGCGGACUUGCGGACUUGCGUAUUAAUUUGAAAGAAUUUGAUUUUUUUUUAAAGGUUAUUUGAUUGGGAUACUCGGUUUGAGAUUAUGAUGAGUUGGGUCAAGUUUCUUCUUUGGUUGCUCUUAUUCUUGAGGUCAUUUUAAUGACACCUUGAUGUUUGCAGCCUUUGUAGUUGUCCAUUUCAGAUAGUACAAAUCCAGCACCAUAAGUUUUUACGGAGGUGUAAUUACCGAUCAUGAAUGCCAUGUCUGCAUGUGAAGAGAGUAUAUUUGAAAAUUUAAGUUGAAGAAUAGUAGGCUCGAGUACAAAACUGAUUUCAGACGGUAGGUGAUUAAGAGAGUACGGGUGAGAGGCAUCAUCACAUUUAUGACAUUGGAGAAAGG